AUGACACCAAGUGAGUUUGCUGCCUGGGAUAAAGCCAGAGAAGUUAGAUUGGAAAAAGAGAAGACCAUCAAGCGUUUGAAACGUGAUAUGAAGAAUGAAACACAAGAGGAGAUCCGGAAGAAGAAGCAGAAACCUGAUGAUACAAAGUCCCAGUCCAAAGCAAAGCCCCAGCUUCAGGUUCAACCCCAGGCCAAGACUCAGAGUGGAUCCAAGCCCAAGACUCGAAGUGCCACUUCCCCAACCACUCCCAAGAAGACUUAUGGAGAGAGCCUGUCUGAAUCUGAGGAAAGUACUGAUGAAGACUUUGAUGAAAGCAUGAAUUUAGGCUCAGAAUCUGGAGACCCAAAGGACAAUUCUGGUUCUGAAUCUGAAUCUGACCAUGAGUAUGAACAGGAGGAGUCUCUGCUAAUGCAUGACUUUAGCAGAGAAGCAAAACUGGAUGAGGAUGAUUUGAUGGACACUGCCUUAGCCAGAAUGAUUACUGAGUAUGAAGAUAGCAUGAUUCCUCCCAAGCUGAAGGAAGGUGAACUCACCUUAGUGUCUCCCAGUGAAUCUUGGGCUACAUGCAAGAAUGUGGAGUGUGUAUGUGCUAUCAACAUUGAAAGCCUGGGAGAUGUAUGA